AUGCAGACCUCGGAGACUUCUGAUGGCGAUAGACCAGACAAAAAGACGGUGAUUCAACCAGGACAGUGGCUUACCAAGCAUGUCUCCAAGUUCGUUUUCAAGCUGAAGGAGUUGAAAACAGCGUUUUCAUUCGUCCGCCUUCUGUUUUCGUUGAAUUAUACCGGUGUUGAUAUCUUACUAAUUACCGUGGGAACAUUCUUCGCCAUUGCUGCAGGCGUCCCUGAGCCAUUACUUGGUGUCGUGCUCGGUCAACUUAUCAACGAACUCAACGAAGUCGCCUGUUCCGCUACGGUGUACAAUCCUUCCUCCGUUCGAACGAAAGUCCUCUACCUCAUUUACAUUACUAUCUUCAACUUCGCAAGCAUCUACAUCUAUGCGUCAUGCUGGGCUCUUGUGAGCGAACGACUAGUCCGUCGUUAUCGCAAAGCUUACUUCCGCAGUGUGAUUCGCCAGGAAGCAGCAUUCCAUGAUAGUCUACCCUCUGGUCAGGUCAUCUCGAGACUGGUCAGUGAUAUUGAAACAUUGCAAUCGGGGACUUCGGAAAAAGUUGGCAUCUAUAUUGCUACGUUAUCAUACUUCGUCACGGCGUAUAUUGUGGCCUUCAUCAAGGUGCCCAUCAUUGCAGGCAUCCUGAUUGCGGUGAUUCCAUGCUUUUUUGCCAUGGCUCUUGUCGGAGGCCGUCUUGCUUCACGAUACGGUACCCGUGUGGGCAAGCAUGUCGAUCUCGCCACUUCAAUUGCGUCGUCCAGUCUCUCUCACCUGAAGAUCGUACAUGCAUUCAAUGCCCAAAAACGCCUAGAAGACCUAUUUUCUUCUCAUCUUGUUCAGUCUCGAAAGGACGCAUUGAAAAAAGCGGCCGUGCACGCCACACAAAUGGGAACGCUUUUCUUUAUAGUCUACUCGUCAAACGCCUUGGCCUACUGGAAAGGUGCUCAUUUGAUAGCAGACUCAGUUGAUGGCUUAAACUCCGGGGUUUCUGUUGGUGCAGUGUAUACUGUGAUCUUUAUUCUCAUCGAUGCAACCUUCAUCUUCAGCCAAGUCUCUCCUUAUAUGCACGUUUUUAGCGCUGCUACCAGCGCAUCGAGGCGCUUGCUGGAGGUGAUUCACCGGGACUCCAAUAUUGAUGGAACAUCACGUAUUGGAGAGCAAAGUCUGAACUUGGGCGAACAAGAGAUCCUCUUCAAGGAUGUUCAUUUCGCGUACCCUUCUCGGCCUGAGGUUCAAGUCUUGCAAGGGUUGAGCUUCUCCAUCCCUCCAAAGCAACACACCGCGAUUGUAGGUCCAUCGGGAGGUGGAAAGUCCACCGUCGUUGCACUUCUGGAACGUUUCUAUGACCCAUCAAGUGGAAGCAUUUGCAUCGGGGACCAAGAUUUACAAGACUUGAAUGUGGCCAGCUUACGAAGCCAAAUGGGAUUUGUACAGCAAGAGUCCCAACUGUUGGACCGUUCCAUUGUGGAAAACAUCGCGUAUGGACUGGUUGGAUCUGCCGAGCACGAGGAUCUGACUGAAGUUAUCUUGGAUAUGAGCCUCGCUGAUCUUGUGGCCAGAAUCCAGGCUGGAUGCUCUGAAGCGGAGGCAUUGGAAAGUUGUGACCCCAGAAUCGUUGAGAUUUUCAAACAGGCCAAGUUGGCAGCUAGCAGAGCCAAUGCGCUCUCGUUCAUCGAGUCUCUAGCGUUUGGCCUAGCUAGUCCAGUUGGGACUGCUGGUGGCCAGCUCAGUGGAGGCCAACGGCAGCGCAUUGCCCUUGCAACAGCUCUUGUUCGUGAACCCAAACUGCUUGUUUUGGAUGAGGCAACUGCUGCACUCGAUUCAAUGAGUGAGCAGUUAAUCCAGGCUGCUUUGCUCACACUGUCUGGAACUACCACGAUAGUAUCUAUUGCCCAUCGUCUAGCAGCCGUCAGGGAUGCAGAUCAAGUUCUUGUCAUCCAGAAUGGCCGCUUGGUGGAAGGCGGCUCUCCUCAAAUUUUGUUGGAGAGCGGCGGGGUGUACGCGGCAAUGAUCAAUCAACAGAAACUUGCCAACACUGGGAUUGAUACCUCACAAGACGUAUUGAGUGAGGCCAAAGGCUCUCCCACUUUCUACGACCAAGACCCGAUCUUGGCCGAGGCCAUCUUGGACAAAGAGCAGAGCAUCUAUCUAGCCGAAGAGGAACAGACGACUGAGGACAAGGCAGAGUCCAAUACUGUGAUGUCGAAGAAACGACCGAACCAAUCAAAGCGGCUCACAGCAAAAAUAUGUUUCGCCUUCAUCCGUCCCAAUAUCCUUCUUGUCGUUCUGGGCUUGGCAAUGUCAAUAAUUAUUGGAGCCAGCUACAGCUCGAACGCGAUUUUGUUUGGUAAUACCGUUGGAGGGCUCAGUCCAUGCAAGGGUACUGCAAACAUCCGGCACAGUGGAAACCUGUUCGGCCUUAUGUUUUUUGUCGUGGGAGUUGUUGAACUUUUCGCAAAUGUCAUUGGCGGGUGUGCCUAUGGAUGGGCGGCAGACCAGACACUAUACCGGAUUCGCAUGAACUCACUUCGAUCGCUCCUUAGCCAAACCAUGACAUGGCACAGCGCUGAUGGAAGAAGCCCUGGUGUCCUCAUUGCCUACAUUACAGGUGAUGCAUCAGCCAUUAGUGGCCUUACUGGAACCACUAUCGGCCUUCUUCUCGCGACUGGGGUUAAUCUUUUCGCGGGCAUCAUCAUUGCAUUUAUCGCGGCAUGGAAGAUUUCAAUUGUUCUGGUCCCGACAAUACCAAUUCUCCUCCUAGCUGGAGUCAUGAAGUUACGGUCUCAGAGCCAAUUUGCGGAGCGACAUAAGAAAGCAUUCACUCACGCCACGGAGAUCACAGUUGAGGCUUUGGGGAAUUUGCGUUUCGUUGCAGGUUUUUCACUCGAGAAUCAGCUCUAUCGGGAGUUCCUGUCAUCAAUCCAGAAGCCAUAUAAGGACACCACAAAAGCGAUCGCCUGGGGAAACUUCUGGCUAGCGUGGGCCUUCAGCGUCAGUAAUCUAAUCAGUGCCCUCGCGUACUGGUGGGGAUCCAAGCAAAUUGCCUCAGGGCUAUACUCCCAAACGCAGUUCUUUAUUGUCUUACCAGCUCUUCUAUUCAGCACACAAUCGUGCGGUCAGAUGCUUGCCUUGGCACCUGAUCUUUCGAAAGCUGGACAGGCUGCUUCGCGUAUUGUUGAUCUUGUGAAAACAAACUCUGCUGAGGAGGAACACGGUGGCGGUGGUGGCAAUUACACGAAGCAAAUGAUGAAGAUGGAAGUGUCAAAUACCGAUCCUGAAGCCAACAUGUCUUCUGAAGCAGGCUCUUCUGAAAAUUCCCAGAGACCAGUAGGUGCAAAACUACAUCAGGUGUGCUUUUCAUACCCCAAAUCACCUCAGAUCUCCGUGCUCAAUGGAUUGAACAUCGAUUUCAAACCAGGAAAGUUCUACGCACUGGUGGGCCCCAGCGGCUCAGGGAAAUCAACCAUCUUCAACAUGCUGGAAAGGUUCUAUCAACCGUCGUCUGGAUUUGUCACAAUCAAUGAGCAAAACAUCAACCGUAUCUUGUCAACAGAAUUCAGGGACGACAUUGCGCUUGUUCCACAAGAGAACGUUUUAUUCGAGGGAACCCUGGCCUUUAACAUAGCUCUCGGGGCAAGACCUGGAUAUACGGCCACACAAAUAGAUAUUGAGGAAGCUUGUAAGCUAGCUCAGAUCCAUGAUGUGAUCAUGAAUUUGCCUGAUGGCUACGAUACAUUCUGCACGCACGAUGGAAAGCAGUUUUCUGGCGGUCAACGCCAGCGUCUAUCCAUCGCAAGGGCCUUGAUCAGAAAGCCAGGUCUCCUACUUCUCGAUGAGUCUACGAGUGCUCUCGAUGGUGAAUCUGAACGAAAGAUUCAGGAAGCCUUGUCUGAUCUCUCGGGAAAAACUACGAUCAUCGCAAUUGCGCAUCGGCUGAAGACAAUAUAUCGAGCGGAUCAGAUAUUCCUCAUUCAGGAUGGUCAUUGCGUUGACCACGGCACUCAUACAGAGCUUGUUGAUCGGAGUGAGAUGUAUCGGGAGAGUGUGCUGCAUCAAUCACUAGCCACCUGA